AGAAGAAGUCGCAUAAUUCUCCAACGUGAAACAACCGAAAAAAGUUUCCAAAGUAUUUACAAAGUUUCUCUGAAAGAAAUGCACAUGCAUUGCGCCAUGUGGAUGCAUUUGAUCGUUAUGGUGGUGACAUUGAGAGGAACUUCGAGCAAGUACCAAGGACCCUCCUUUGUCCAUGAACCACCAAACAAAGUGUUGUUUUAUAACAACACUGGCGCAAUAAUUCCAUGUGUAACAAAUGGCACACCACGACCAGAAGUAUCAUGGACAACAUCGGACAAUAUAACAGCCAUUCCCAUUCCAGGCCUACGUGAGACUAGACCUGAUGGAUCUCUGGUUUUCUCACCUUUCAGAGCAGAGGAUUAUCGACAAGACGUGCACUCUGCAACAUACAAGUGUUCUGUUUCAAAUAUUGUUGGUAGCAUCGUAAGCAGAGAAGUUCAUGUCAGAGGAGUGUUGUAUCAAAAUUUCGAAGCGCGUGUUUAUGAUGAAUUUGUCAUAAGAGGAAAUAUUGGAGUCCUUCACUGCAACCUGCCAAGUCAUGUCAGAGAUUAUGUGAAGGUGACUUCCUGGAAACGAGACGAUGGAUUAGUUAUUCUUCAACAGAGAAAUAAUGGUAAGGAAAAUCGCUAUGCUGUUUAUCCAUCGGGAGAAUUACAUAUUCGAAAUGUCGACUAUAGUGACAGCCAUUUUAUGUAUAAAUGCCAAGUGAGGAAUUCGUUAACAAGGCAGUCCAAAGAGAGUUUAUCGGGAGGAAGACUUAUUGUAACAGAACCGCAGAGCCACGUUCCACCCAGACUGACUCAUGUUGCUAGGCAUAUAUCUGCUAAUCAAGGAGAAACUAUUUUUCUCCCAUGCGUAGCUCAGGGGCACCCUGCUCCCCUAUACAGAUGGAGCCGAAGAACUUCUGGUCAAACUCUUGACAUAUCUCCUUCUGACGAAAGACGUCACGUGAUAAACGGCACUCUCAUCCUGCGACGUGUCACAGCUCAGGACGGAGGAUUUUACGUGUGUGUUGCCAAGUGCGAAGCUGGGGAAGUACGAUCCGAAACCCAGCUGACAGUCAGAGCACCAAUCAAAGUGAAUGUAUGGCCAGUCACUCAGCAAGUCAGUACCGGAUCAACAGUAACAAUCAAUUGUACAGUCACGGGUCACCCUAUUUCUACAAUUGAGUGGGUGAAGAAUCAGCAAUCUUUAACCCUCUCUCGACGAGUCGUGCUGAUAAGUAGGACUGUGUUGCAUAUAACCACCGUUGAGCGGGAAGAUAGAGGAAUGUAUCAGUGCAUAGCCCGCAAUGAUGAAGAUUCUGCACAAGGAUCUGCAGAGUUAGCUAUUGCAUCUGAACCACCCGUGUUGUUAAGUAAAUUCGAAGAACUCAUUGUGAAACCUGGUGAGUCUGUGUCUCUUCGAUGUUCCGCAGUUGGAAAUCCUUUACCUCAAAUAACUUGGUAUUCCUACGACUUGCCUGUUCAAGAUACUAGUAGAAUUCGAGUGGGGGACUAUGUCAGUCGUGAAGGAAGUGUUAUAAGCUUCAUCAAUAUAACAAGGGUGGAAGUUUCCGAUGGCGGACAAUACGAAUGCCGUGCAAUUAACGAAUACGGGGUUGACGCUUUCUCCUCCAUAGUCCACGUGCGGGGGCCUCCGUCCAUUCGACCGAUUCGGAACAGAACAGCCGUCGCCGGUGACUUCUUGAUUAUCCAUUGUCCGAUAUCCGGCUAUCCCAUUCACUCCAUCCGUUGGAUGAAAGGCAACCGCCAACUUCCUCUGGGAAGGCGCCAGAAGGUGUUUACUAAUGGAACUUUGCUCAUCCAAGGGCUGGAUGGCAUAGAAGACGAAGGAAAAUAUCGGUGCCAGGUAGAGAGUGAUGAAGGUAUCAAAGCUUCCGUUGACGUCUUCCUCAAAGUUCUAGUUCCUCCUAGCAUCACCCCUUUCAGUUUUCCCAAGAAUCCUCAAGAGGGAAUGAGGGCUAGUGUAUCCUGCAGCGUUCCCACAGGAGACGCGCCCAUUCGUAUAUCCUGGCUGAAGGACGGCAUUCCGUUGUCCCUGGAAUCUGGGAUAUCCCUUGAGAUGAUCGAUGAUUUCGUGUCCACGCUCAUCUUCAAGUCUUUGCGUCAGGAGCACAGUGGCACGUACACGUGUGUUGCCUACAACGAUGCUGCCACUGUCAAUUACUCUGUGCCACUCUCCGUCAGCGCUCCUCCUAGAUGGAGAGUUGAGCCCAACGAUCAAUUUGUGCCAGUUGGUGGAACAGUAAUUUUAGAUUGUACCGCUGAUGGUAGACCAGAACCAAGAGUUAUUUGGAAAAAAGCAAAUGAUGAGAGUGGUGAUUAUAGAACAGUUAUCAGUGGAUCCCACAUUCAGACAUUGGUCAAUGGAUCAUUGGUCAUCAGAGAUGUAGAGCAAGAAGAUGAUGGACGAUAUAUGUGUGAGGCAAGUAAUGGAAUAGGCACACCUUUGAGCACUGUAGUGAAGUUAACAGUCCAUGUCCCAGCACAUUUCAAGCAAAAAUUUGUUGCCCAAACCGUACGAACCGGUGAAUCUGUGACGCUGAAAUGCGAAGCAUUUGGAGAGAAGCCAAUGACUUACAUGUGGCUAAAAGAUAAACAGCCUUUUGGGGGAUUGAGCCAUCCAAGGUACAUGUUGCGUGAACAGAUGCUGAAUUCCGGUCAUUUAUCAGAGCUGACAAUUCACGUAGUUGAGCGUCAGGACAACGGCUUAUACACAUGCGUGGCUUCAAAUGCUUUCGGACAAGACGAGAAACAUAACCAGUUAACCGUUCAAGAAAGGCCUGAUCCUCCAUCAAAUCUGGAAGCUAUUCAUACAAGUGGGCGAAAAGUUGUGUUGAGAUGGAGCAAACCCUUCAAUGGCAACAGCGCCAUCGUUAAGUAUAUUCUGGAGUAUGUAGAAGGAAAAGAAGGCUGGAAUGGCCGUGUUCGAGAACUGUUAACCGAUGGGGAUCAACUUCAAAUCAGUGUCGAAGAUCUCCAACCCGUCACACAGUAUAAUUUCAGGUUGGUCGCCGAAAAUGCUGUUGGGCGUAGUUUACCCAGCAUUCCAUUGAACGUCAUCACGGAAAGUGAAGUUCCAGGAGCUCCCCCAAGGAACGUUCACGCUGUGGCAACUGAUUCAAAAACAAUACAUGUUUCUUGGGAGCCUCCACUGAAAAAUCUUCAUCAUGGAUCAAUUCGGGGUUACUACAUCGGUUACAAGAUAUCAGGAACGAAUGAUCCCUUUGUUUAUAAAACCGUUGAGGUCAAAGAAGGUCAAGACAGAAGCUGUGACAUCACGUUGCUGAGGCAGAAUACUAAAUACAGCGUAGUUGUUCAAGCCUUCAACGACAAAGGGGCUGGACCCCUUUCGGAUGAAGUGACUGUUCGCACGCUUGAGUUCGAUCCUCCAAAACCACCUUUUCUUAAAAUAGCAGAAACAACAUCAUCAAGCAUACUUUUAUUAUGGGAAACAGCAAACGGCAAAGGAACACCAGUAUCAGGAUAUGUUCUUCAUUGGCGAGAACAUGGAUUAGAAUGGGCAGAAGUACAAAUACCAUCAGAAAAAACAAACCACAAGUUCUCUGGACUUAACUGUGGAACAUCGUAUAAGUUUUACAUAACGGCUUUCAACAGCAUGGGUAAAGGACAGCCAAGUGAUGUGAUCACAGCAAGGACUGAAGGCUCUGCUCCGAUAGCUCCCAGCGAGCAGUCAUUUAUAACCAGAAAUGCAACGACAUUUAUCUUACGUCUGAGUGCCUGGAAGAGCGGGGGUUGCCCAAUCCUGUUUUUCGUUAUCCAGUACAAACAACAGCGGCAAUUGGACUGGAAUGUACUGUCUCCUCGCAUUGAACCGGAGGAAGAGUAUGCCAAAAUAACAAAUUUGACGCCAAGCACAUGGUACAGCAUUUUAGUUACAGCGCACAAUAAUGCCGGACCAACUGAAGUGGAAUAUGUGACGUCAACGUUGACUCUGCAGGGAGGCACUAUUGAACCAGAAAUUGUGGGAGAAAAGGAGCAACUGAGAAAAUACAAAAGUCUCUCAAUAAUUGUACCUGUGAGCUGUGCAGUAAUAGUGCUGAUUGCCGUUUCUUUAGCAGUAUUUUUUCUCGUUUGUAAGAAGAGAGGAACGAGGCUAACCAACCACUAUGAAGGUGUACGAGGAAACGAAGAAGGGAAGAGUGACAAUUUAGCCAUGACUGAUUUAGAGAAAACUUACGACCAAAACAGAGAGUCUGUAUAUUUUCCUUCUCCAUAUGCAACAAGUCGCGUUCCCGGUUUGCAUCGAGAUGAAGUUGGAUUAGAGAGAGAUGGCUGUAGAAGUCUACACCAUCACAGUGGAAGACAGAGUGAGCACUUAUAUGAUAUACCUCAGCAGAUGAGAGAAGAUAUGCGGAGACACAGUUAUCACAUGCCUUCAUCGCAAGAUGGAACUAUGGACAUGAGCAAUUAUGAUACAACUAAGUCGCAUCAUCUGCAGAGUAUUACUGAAGAAGGAAUUCCUUGUGACAUUGAUGCCUUCGUAAUACAUGAGAAAUUAGCUAUGGGAAAUAUGUGGACUCCAAACCACAGAUGGCGUGCAAAUGAAAUAAUAAAUCAUGAUGGAAGCUACAGUCCCUUACAUGUUCAUGCUCAAACAUUUGUCACUGACGGUCAAGAAUUAUCGGAUGCUGAAUGCGACAGAGAUUUAAGACACAUGUCAGAAAGUGGUAUGAAGGUACGAAACGUUUUACAAGUUAAUUCACGCAAUGUGUGCUUGGCUAAAUAAGCAAAGCAACUGUCAAAGCUAUGUAUCUGAGCUUCACAGUUUGAAGAAUCCAUGCUGAUGUUCAUCUGCCGACGAACAUAAAAGAUAAUGGAAAUAUGGUAUUAUGUAUAAUUGUUAUGCUCGGAAUUUUUCAGAAUUUGAAAGCAAACUGAAAAACUAUUUGUUUCAGAAUUGUAAUAUUACGCCGAACUGGUGCUGAAAGAAAUUUUGAACGAACUUGGUGUUUUUAUUUCAGAAAAUUCUUGAAAUUAAUGUUACUGUAUAUACGUUUGUAUAUAAAAAUUUAGAUGACAUAUUCUACAGGUAUUAAAAAAAGAGUUAAAGGAAACCUCAUAUUAAGUUAUUUAC